GAGAGAGAGAGAGAGAGAGAGAGAGAGAUCAUCAAAUCAAAGAGAAAGAUAUGGAAGAUCUGCAGACAAAAUCGAGGUUCCAGAGGAUUUGUGUCUUCUGUGGAAGCAGUUCAGGAAAGAAAGCUAGCUACCAGGAAGCUGCUGUUGAACUCGGAAAAGAACUGGUGGAGAGAAGGAUUGAUUUGGUGUAUGGAGGUGGAAGCGUGGGAUUGAUGGGUCUUGUUUCUCAGGCAGUUCAUGAUGGUGGGCGUCAUGUUCUAGGAGUUAUUCCGAAGACCCUAAUGCCUAGAGAGAUAACUGGUGAGACUGUUGGAGAAGUGAGAACUGUAUCUGAUAUGCAUCAGAGGAAAGCUGAGAUGACCCGUCAAGCAGAUGCCUUCAUUGCCCUUCCCGGUGGAUAUGGUACUCUUGAAGAGCUUCUUGAAGUCAUUACAUGGGCUCAGCUUGGAAUCCAUCGCAAACCUGUGGGGCUUUUGAAUGUUGAUGGGUACUAUAAUUCGUUGUUGUCCUUCAUCGACAAGGCUGUUGAUGAAGGCUUCAUCUCGCCGACCGCACGUCGCAUUAUCGUUUCUGCUCCAACAGCCAAACAAUUGGUCAGACUUCUUGAGGAAUACGUUCCGGAGUAUGAUGAGGUAACCUCCAAGUUGGUGUGGGAAGAGGUGGAGAGACUAAAUUAUGUGGCGGAGUCAGAAGUUGCCACAUAAUAAUUAUGAAUGUGCAUGUUACAUGAACUAUACAUGUCUUUUUUGGGUUUUGCGUACGUUCUGCACAAUACAUAUAUAUAUAUAUAUGUGUAGUUGUAUGUAAUAUUAUAUAUAUACGGGGUCUGACACCGUAGUCUCUGCAGCGUAGGAAAUUCUGGGUUCUUUUUGUAGCUGAGCCAAGCACAGUCAUCUUUUGUCAAAGUUUCUGAUGAUAUAUAUAUACGUCCCAGAAAAACAAAAAAGAA